ACUAUUGACAUGGCAAAAUUGCGAGCAAUUGCAGCAAUAACCAAUUAGUCAAUAUAGAGUAGUGAUAAAAUAAAAUCUCAUUUGCUUACUUGAAUGUAUUGGCAGGACCGCGGUGUACUCGAGGAAAUGCGGAGCCCAAAAAACUACUCUACUGAAAAUGUAGCGUAUCAUUUGCUAAUCACAGUAGUAGCAGCUGUAUUGUUACAAGCAAUUGGGGUUGUUUCAGUUGUUGCACCAAAUACUGGUUGCUAUGCACUGGAUAACUCCAGCCACAUUCACGAUUUUAGUAGCUGGAUUGGACAUCCAUUUGAGUAUGAGGGGAAGGAAGCUGACUUGGUGGUUCGAUUUUGCAAAGAUGUCGAGUCUAGAUCACACGCGGGAUAUGUGGACUUCGGCAGAUUUGAUAAACUCAACUUUUUUCAUACUGGGUCUGGACAUGUCAGCUUCAUUCAGGAAUAUUUCAACGGUGAUCUGAUGAACUGUGAGCAGAGUUAUGAUAAGAUGGGCCGAACAGCUCAGGUAAAUAUCAUAUGUGGAAACUGUCCUCAGGGACAAUGCAAAGGUGGACUUGGAUGCAUCUGCAGUGUUGAAUAUGAUUCUACUUGUAGAGCUGUUGUUGAACUUGCCAUUCCAUGUGAGAAACCAGGUCUGCGAGUCUUCGAAGGUUUCACAGUUGGUUUUCAUCCAAGGUCAUGGGAAAUUGUUUACAAUGGGAUGACUCAAUUGGGCUAUGAAGAAGCUCACAAGGAAUUCAGCUUCAGCACUGCACAAACUCGUGUAGCCCUUUAUAUGACUGCUGUUGCUUCGGUUUCGGGUUCUGUGCAGAAACCAUUAAUAAAGGUUGCUCCAGAGAAAGGGUUAAAGGUCACAUUAUCUGGUUCAGCGGCAACUGGUGGAUCACCAACAACUUUGUCUCCAACAGUAUUACUGAUCGACUGGAGAUGUGAAGUUGCUCGUGAUUCCCCAUAUGAAGUUGAGGUCACCAUCCCUGUAGAAAACUACGACCCCAUUCAGUUCACCCUCACAAAGAUGUGUGAAUACCAGCAAAGCGAAGGCGGAGAUGCUGCAAGAGGAUGGGCCAUAUUUGGUGUACUCUCAUGCAUACUAUUCGUUGCCUCAACGCUGUUCUGCUGUGGAGGGUUCAUUUACAAGACACGUGUGCAAAAUCAGCGCGGACUUGAUGCAUUGCCUGGAAUGACUCUUUUAUCCGCAUGUUUGGAAACUGUAAGCGGGGGAGGCCAUGGCUACUCGCGACCAGAAGAUAUCAACAAUCCUUUUGUAAAUCAAGCUUCAUGGGAGCGUCAACCUGCUUCUGCUCAAGCAACGCGGAGAACUAGUGAAGUUAGGUACGGGUCAAUCUAAGUUAUGUUUGUUUCUAGAUGGAAGAGCCUUGCCCACAUCCCAGGCCAGUGUUUCAAGUUAGAAAUGUGCACAAGACGGGUCACUCUUUAGAAGUAACUGAUAUUUGGUGCUCUGCUUCUGCAUAUAAAACAUUGCCUCAUCCUCUCGCAUUCUUGCUGACUGACGAACUAAGAAAUGUUUUGAGAGCUACUGUUUGCAUGACUAGAAUGAAGCUCUGAAAUAGACCAGAUUACCAAUUUCUUACUCCUAUUAGUUCCCUAGGCCACCUCCCGUUAAUUACUGGCUGUCAAGCAGCCACUUGCUUACUCAGAAUGAGGCGAAAAUGCUUUGAAUUCGAAUGUUUAUUGGUUAUCUUGUUCAUGGUAUAUAGAUUUAUGGAACACUGGCUUUUUCCAUUCUUAUUGAAUUGAUAUGGUACUAUGGUA